AUGCGGUAUGCCAUGCGCUGCGCAGCUGACCACCUGAUCUUUGCAGAACGCCAGAGCAGAUACAGUCUGACGUUGGUGUCAGAGCUGGCAGUGCGGGGCUGGAGAGGAGACUCCAGGCUGGCCGAGAGGCAGCUGGGCUGCAGGCGGCAGGGCGCUCCAGACUGGAGCGGCAGCCGGUGGGAGCCAUUCCUGGUGACUUCAGAUCUCCAGUCCAGGCUGGGCCGCGAAUGUGCUUACUCGGAAGUCUCCAGCACUGUGCGCGAGACGGGGCAGCGGCGCACGUGUCGGCCGGGCAGUGCUGUGGCGAGCUGCCGCCGCGGGCCCCACGUGGCCACUGGCUGGGUGGGGAGCCGCCAGCCCGCCUCCACAGGAGACCUGCAGAGGAGCCUCUCUGCAGAGGAGAGGGGCAGGAGGCUGGUCCAGGCGGCUGAGGUGGGGUCAGUGGGGCAGCUGAGGGCGCUGAUCGCCGUAGGGGCCGACGUGGGGGCGAGGGGCGGGCUGCCGGGGUGGACCGCCCUGCACUGGGCAGCGUGCAGGGGAGACGUCGAGGCGGCGAGGCUGCUGGUGGGGGCGGGGGCCGCGGUCGACGCCAGGGAUGAUGAUGGGUGGACGCCGCUGCAUUACGCGGCACUCAAUGGCCACGCAGAAGUGGCGGCUGCGCUGCUCGACGCGGGGGCCGACAGGCGAGCCACAACUGAUGGUGGGCGGACAGCGCUGGACAUCGCCAGGCGGUGCAACGACAAGCGGAUGGUGGAGAUGCUGUCAAUAGGCAGCCCGUCCAGCAAACUCUGUGCAAAAAAACAGGAACUGUAA